GAGCGUUGGAGGAUCGUGCGGCGCUUGAGUGAGAGGCGCUUUCCGGAGGGGAGGAAGAGGCGAAGAAAUUGAUUUUUCAAGGAUAAUUUUUUCCUAGCGCCCAACCAAAUGGAUACAGACCUUUAUGAUGAGUUUGGGAAUUACAUAGGUCCUGAACUUGAUUCUGAUGACGACGAUGAUGAGAUGGGCCGGGAUUCAAAGGAUCUCGACGAGCUUGAUGAUGACGACGAUGACGAUGAGAUGGGGGACCAUGAUGAUGACCAUCCUGGGAUGGAUGUGGUCUUGCAUGAGGAUAAGAAAUACUAUCCAACCGCUGAGGAGGUCUAUGGGCCAGAGGUGGAGACCAUAGUGCAGGAGGAAGACACACAGCCCCUGACUGAGCCUAUUAUUAAGCCAGUGAAGACCAAGAAAUUCUCCCUUAUGGAGCAGACAUUGCCAGUCACAGUAUAUGAGAUGGACUUCCUAGCCGACUUGAUGGACAACUCGGAACUGAUCCGGAACGUCACGCUUUGCGGCCACUUGCACCAUGGCAAGACUUGCUUUGUCGAUUGCAUGAUUGAGCAGACUCAUCCUGAGAUUAGGAAGCGAUACGACCAGGAUCUUUGCUAUACAGAUAUCCUGUUCACUGAACAAGAGAGGGGAGUUGGGAUCAAGAGCACUCCAGUGACCAUUGUUCUUCCAGACACCAAAGGCAAAUCGUUUCUCUUCAACGUCAUGGACACACCAGGUCACGUAAACUUCUCUGAUGAAGUCACAGCCGGUCUUCGCAUUUCUGACGGAGUGGUGCUUUUUAUCGAUGCUGCCGAGGGGGUCAUGCUCAACACGGAGCGGUUGAUCAAGCAUGCCGUGCAGGAGAGGCUGGCCGUGACCGUGUGUAUAAACAAGAUCGAUCGGCUGAUCCUGGAACUGAAGUUGCCCCCUACGGAUGCCUACUACAAGCUACGGCAUAUCGUGGACGAAGUCAAUGGCUUGAUCAGAUGCCUGGGCUUGGAGGAGCUUCCGCCAGGAGGAGAAGUGGGCGGAGACGAGGCUGAGCACGCUGGGAAGUUCGGCAGCCCCGCCCUCUGCUCUGUGCACUCAGCAGCAGCUCGUGCCCAGGAGGGGAUGGAGAGAGACAUCAAUUACCAGGAAUUUGCGAAGAGGCUUUGGGGAGACAUCUACUUCAGCCCAAAGACGAGGAAGUUCACGAAGAAGGCCCCAACCAGCAGUUCCCAGCGCAGCUUUGUGGAAUUCAUUCUGGAGCCUCUUUACAAGAUCUUGGCUCAGGUGGUUGGGGAUGUGGACACCACCCUUCCCAGGACUCUGGACGAACUGGGGAUCCACCUGACCAAGGAGGAGCUCAAGCUCAACAUCCGCCCCCUCCUGAGGCUCGUCUGCAAGAAGUUUUUUGGCGAGUUCACAGGGUUUGUGGAUAUGUGUGUGCAGCACAUCCCCUCCCCAAAAGCAGGCGCCAAGACCAAAAUCGAACACACCUACACCGGAGGAGUGGACUCCGACCUGGGGGAGGCCAUGAGCGAGUGUGAUCCUGAUGGCCCGCUCAUGUGCCACACCACAAAGAUGUACAGCACAGACGACGGGGUCCAGUUCCAUGCAUUUGGCAGGGUGCUGAGUGGGACCAUCCAUGCCGGGCAGCCCGUCAAAGUUCUUGGAGAGAACUACACCCUGGAAGAUGAAGAGGAUUCACAGAUCUGCACCGUGGGACGCCUGUGGAUCUCCGUGGCAAGGUACCACAUAGAGGUUAACAGAGUCCCGGCUGGCAACUGGGUGCUCAUUGAGGGGGUAGAUCAACCUAUUGUGAAGACAGCCACCAUCACCGAACCCAGGGGCAACGAAGAGGCUCAGAUCUUUCGUCCCUUGAAGUUCAACACCACGUCUGUCAUCAAGAUAGCCGUGGAGCCUGUCAAUCCGUCUGAGCUCCCCAAGAUGCUGGACGGCCUGCGGAAAGUCAACAAGAGCUACCCGUCUCUCACCACCAAGGUAGAAGAAUCCGGGGAACACGUGAUCCUGGGCACAGGCGAGCUCUAUCUUGACUGUGUGAUGCACGACCUGCGGAAAAUGUACUCCGAGAUUGACAUCAAGGUUGCUGAUCCCGUGGUAACGUUCUGUGAGACCGUUGUGGAAACCUCUUCCCUGAAGUGUUUUGCUGAGACACCCAAUAAGAAGAACAAGAUCACCAUGAUUGCCGAGCCGCUGGAGAAGGGCCUGGCGGAAGACAUUGAGAACGAAGUGGUGCAGAUCACAUGGAACAGGAAAAAGCUGGGUGAGUUUUUCCAGACCAAGUACGACUGGGAUUUGCUGGCUGCCCGUUCCAUCUGGGCCUUCGGGCCAGAUGCUACCGGGCCCAACAUCCUGGUGGACGACACCCUGCCCUCCGAGGUUGACAAGACCCUCUUGGGCUCCGUGAAGGACAGCAUCGUGCAGGGCUUCCAGUGGGGGACCAGAGAAGGGCCUCUCUGCGAUGAGUUGAUCCGCAACGUCAAGUUCAAGAUCCUGGAUGCGGUGAUCGCCCAGGAGCCACUGCAUCGGGGAGGGGGGCAGAUCAUCCCGACGGCCAGGAGGGUGGUGUAUUCCGCCUUCCUCAUGGCCACGCCACGGUUGAUGGAGCCCUAUUACUUUGUGGAGGUCCAGGCCCCGGCUGACUGUGUGUCUGCAGUGUAUACCGUCCUAGCCCGGCGGAGAGGGCACGUCACCCAGGAUGCGCCCAUCCCCGGCUCCCCUUUGUACACCAUCAAAGCCUUCAUCCCGGCCAUCGACUCGUUUGGGUUUGAGACAGACCUCAGGACACACACCCAGGGGCAAGCGUUCUCUCUCUCAGUCUUCCACCACUGGCAGAUCGUGCCGGGCGAUCCUUUGGACAAGAGCAUCGUGAUCCGACCGCUGGAGCCCCAGCCCGCCCCUCACCUGGCCAGAGAGUUCAUGAUCAAGACCAGGCGCAGGAAGGGCCUGAGCGAAGACGUGAGCAUCAGCAAGUUCUUCGACGACCCCAUGUUGCUGGAGCUGGCCAAGCAGGACGUGGUUCUGAACUACCCCAUGUGAUCUGGCGCGUUCCCGUCCCCCAGGCAGCAACGCUCUCCGGGAAGGAGUCGGCCAUUCUCCUGCCGGCUUGCCCACUUCCCACGAGAUGUGGCUGUUUGUCCCCAAGGCGGCUUUUUGCCCAUGGCUGUAAGGGCGGGUGCCGCUCCUGUUAUGACCCGACGCCAAGGCAAGCCUCCCCUUUCCCUCCUGGCCAAGCUCCCGGUGGGAAAGAGCGACUCUCCCCUUGUGUCUUCAGCCGGCCCCUCUGCCGGACGGCAUGUUGGAUUGUCCUCUUGAUUGGAUGCCCCACCUCAAAAGAAAGCGUGCGUGUGUGUGUGUUUUAAAGUAGAUCACGGCAGACUGCAUUUGUUUGUCCAGCCUCAUGUGUGAGGGUUUACCGCUUGACACUUCCCCAUUCUGGCCGGAUUGUGGCUUUGCCAGCAGCGGGGAGGCCAGAGAGGGGAGGGGUGGGGGAGCAUUUCCUUGCUGCCCAGUCCGGGCCGUUCCCACCGAGGCCAGCAGGCAGGAGAGGUGCCCGCUCCGAAUGCUGCCCGUUUCUCCCCGCCCGCUGCAAGAGUGGGCUGGCUCCACGGGCAGAGGGCUCGUAGCCACCGGAGCUCUGAAGCUGGGCAGGAUAUCCAAACGGGGCUGGG